CAGAAGGGCUUCUUUCGCUGUGGGAAGGGGCGCCGGGACUGCCAACUGCGUCGCUCCACAGCGGAGCGGCCCCUUCUCUUUCCGCCCCUCGCGCUCCCUCGGCCUUCCCAGACGGCUGCUGGGCGUCGAGGCUGGGAGGCCGAGGGCGAAGCCGGGAGGAGGCGAGGCUGGGGGGCAGGGGCAGGGGCAGAGCCGGCCGGCGAGGGACGGGAGUGGCGGGCAGCCGCGCCAGGGCGGCUCGAGGGGAGCCGCGGGCGGCGGCGGGGCCAGCAGGGAUGGCGGCUGGAAGCAUCACCACCCUGCCCGGCUUGCCCGACGACGGCGGAGGCAGCAGCGGAGGCGCCUUCCCGCCGGGACACUUCAAGGACCCGAAGAGGCUGUACUGCAAAAACGGCGGCUUCUUCCUGAGGAUCAAUCCCGACGGCCGAGUGGACGGAGUGCGGGAGAACAGCGACCCCCACAUCAAAUUGCUGCUUCAGGCAGAAGAAAGAGGUGUUGUGUCAAUCAAAGGUGUCUGCGCAAAUCGUUUCCUUGCUAUGAAUGAAGAUGGCAGAUUGCUUGCACUGAAAUAUGUAACAGAUGAAUGCUUCUUUUUUGAAUGCUUGGAAUCCAAUAAUUACAACACGUAUCGUUCUCGGAAAUACCGUGAUUGGUAUGUUGCACUGAAACGAACUGGCCAGUACAAACCUGGACCAAAGACUGGACGAGGCCAGAAAGCUAUCCUUUUCCUUCCCAUGUCUGCCAAAUGCUGA